UAAAAUUUGAAAUUACUAUGUCAUUAAAUCAUUUCAUGCUGAUUAGCUUCAUAAACAUGAAGCUAUUUAAUUCUAUAACCACAAUGCAUAUCAUUCUUGAAGAAUACUUUUCUAAAAUGUUAAAAUAAAUAGAAAGCUAUGGUUAACAAAAUAAAAGCUGUCUUCACAAAUUACCGCCUGAAGUGAGAUGUCUCGUUUAGAAGCUAAAAAGCCAUCACUGUGUAAAAGUGAACCACUAACAAGUGAGAGAGUCAGGGCCACGCUUUCUGCCUUGAAAGGAAUCAUGGCCUCGUGCUAUGGCCCUUCAGGUAGGCUGAAGCAGCUGCACAACGGCCUUGGAGGCUCUGUGUGCACCACCUCACAGUCGUUAGCCCUGCUCGCUAACCUUCCCGUCACUCACCCCAUUUUAAAGAUCCUGACAACUUCCGUGCGGAACCAUGUGUCAUGCUUCAGUGACUGUGGCCUAUUCACAGCCAUUCUUUGCUGCAACCUGAUUGAAAAUGUUCAGAGACUAGGCUUGACACCCACCACUGUCAUUAAAUUAAAUAAGCAUCUUUUGAGCCUCUGCACCAGUUACCUCAAGUCGGAGGUCUGUGGUUGUCGAAUCCCAGUCGACUUUAGUAGUACUCAGAUCCUUCUCUGUUUGGUACGCAGUGUAUUAACAAGUAAACCUGCCUGUAUGCUCACCAGGAAGGAAGUAGACCACAUCAGUACUCUGAUUCUGAGAGCGUUUUUGCUUACAAUUCCAGAAAACGCCGGAGACCACAUCAUUUUAGGAAAUAGUAUAAUUGUACCUUUAAAAUGUCAAAGAGUUGUAGACUCUACUGUGUUACCUGGAAUACUUAUUGAAAUGUCAGAAGUUCGAUUGAUGAAGAUACUGCCUAUCAAAAAGUCAGAUUCCCUCAAGGUGGCACUCUUUCGUGUGUCUUUAUCUGGAGACCUUUCCGAUACUGGAGAAGGAAGUGUGGUGGUCAAUUAUGGGGUUUCUCUUGAAAAUGCAGUUCUGGACCAGUUACUUAACCUAGGAAGGCAGCUAGUUAGUGAUCACGUAGAUCUUGUCUUGUGCCAAAAAGUUAUACACCCUUCUCUGAAACAGUUUCUCGGUGUGCAUCGUGUUCUUGCCAUAGACAGAGUUGGAGCAGCUCUGAUGGAACCCCUGAGAAAAGUGACAGGAACACAGCCUAUUGGUUCCCUCGGCUCAGUCUCUCCUAGUAGUUAUGGAAGUGUGAAAGAUCUGUGCACUGAAAAAUUUGGCUUCAAAUGGUUUUUUCAUCUUAUUCCUAAUGAAGCAACUGUCUGCAGCUUGCUUCUCUGCAAUAGAAAUGGCACUGCCUGGGAUGAGUUGAAGCUCACUUGUCAAACAGCACUGCAUGUUUUGCAGUUAACAAUCAAGGAACCAUGUGUCUUGUUGGGAGGUGGCUGUACUGAAACUCACUUGGCAGCCUACAUCAGACACAAGACUUUUAAUGAUCCAGAAAGCAUUCUCAAAGAUGGUGGAUGUACUCCAACAGAACUUCAACUAAUUACUGAAGCAUUUUGCAGUGCACUAGAAUCUCUCACUGGCUCUUUAGAACAUGAUGGAGGUGAAAUUCUCACUGACAUGAAGUAUGGACACUUUUGGUCCGUUCAGGCAGAUUCUCCCUCUGUUGUUAACUGGCCAGAUUUGCUUACAAGAUGUGGCUGCGGAUUACACAAUAGCCAGGAAGAACUCAGCUGGUCUUUCUUAAGGACUGCUCGGCAUCCUUUUGCACCACUACCAUGCCUUCCCCAUGAAGCUGUGGGCUCAGCCAACAACCUGACCUUGGACUGUUUCACUGCUAAGCUCAGUGGCCUACAAGUGGCUGUGGAGACAGCCAAUUUGAUUUUGGAUCUUUCAUAUGUCAUUGAAGAUAAAAACUGAUAUAAGGGAAUAGCAUGUUUAUGUUACAAAAAACAGACAAACUAGUCAGUUGUUAAUUAAGAAAUACUGAUUGUAUUUGUUCUCUCUGAAUUUUUGGAUAGAUGAUUCACAAAAUUAUAGAUUUAUUUAUAUAAGGAAAAAAGGUAUGAUUCUUGAAUAGAAAUACCACAGAAUAAUAAAAAUGUGAAGCAUUAUUAAAGAUAUUGCAGUUAUCUUAAGGAUUCCACAGAUACCACUGUAUGUUGCUCUAAAUUUUUGCUGUUGUUAUUUUGAUAUCAUUCUAAGAAUAUACAGAAAUAAAAAAUUCCUAAUCCUAA